AUGCCCGAAAUAGAGCCUUACGAUGGCAUGGGUCCGUCAGCCCCGGUGUCCCGAAAGGACUCGAGGAUGCCAGUACAGAACAAGGCGCCCCUCAUCACGGGGUGGCGCCUGCUGGGGACUCAGUUUGCAGCCCUGGUUCGCAAGAACCUUCUCAUCAGGGCCCUGGCAUGGCGCACAAACGUGCUGCUCCUGGCGCAGGCUGUGCUCUUCAUCCUCCUCAUCUGGGGCGUUGACCGCGCGCUUACUGCCUCCCGCCAGCGACAGCCAGCCUACAGCUCCCAGACAACUGCCGAGGCUGUUGAUAUUGGGCCUAUCCCAGACUGCGCCACCAACAUCUACUUGAGGCAAGACAGGGCCUGCUACACCAUUGCCUAUGCACCCAAGGGCGUUGCACUGGUGGAAGAGGUUCUGGCAGCGGUGGCGGACAACAACAGCCCCCCCAUCCCACGAACCCACCUCAAGGGCUUUGCCAGCGAAACCGAGAUCGAUGACUACCUGCUGGCCAAUCCGGAAACGGUCCUGUCGGCUGUCAUUCUGUCAGUGGAUGGAGAGAGAAAUGUGGCUUUCACCAUCCAGGUGAACAGCAGUGUGCAGUGGUUCAAGGGCGACUGGCAACACCCCAACACCUACGUCCAGCUGCCCCUCCAGGCGGCGGUAGAGAGGGAGCUGGUACGCCGCGCCGUGAGCAACCCAGACCUGGAGUGGAGCCCUGCCCUGACCCAGUUCCCCCACCCAGCGGCCAAGUCGCCCUCCAUGAUCGGCACCAUUGCGCCCACCUUCCUCUUUGCCAGCAUCAUGUUUCAGUUUGUCCUGCUGCUGCAUGAUGUCGUGCAUGAGGAGGAGAGUGGGGUCCGGCGUGCCAUGGCCACCAUGGGACUCCGGGACUCACCCUUCUGGGCCUCCUGGUUCCUCUAUGAGGGCACCCUGGCCGUCAUCGAGGGCUCACUGUUGGUGGGCUUUGGAUACGCCUUCAAGUUCACGCUGCUCACUGGGAAUGCCUUUGGUCUUGGCUACCUCCUGCUGAUCCUGGUGUCCCUGGCCAUGACGUCUUUUGGGUUCUUCCUGUCCACUUUCAUGAACAAGGCGGCGGCGGCUGUGCCCGUGGGCUUUGUCAUAUUCGUAGUGGCCUGGAUAUGCCUCAUCGUCAUCGCCUUUGACUUCCCGUACUCUGCAAAGUAUGGACCCGCCGGCAUGGUCAUCUUCAGCCUCUUCCCCUGGAGCCUGCUCUCCAAGGGCGUGGGCGACCUCGCUGCGGCAGCCUCUGGGUCAACCCCCGGUGGCAUCCCCUGGUCCAUGCGUGGGGCCUACUGCGUGAGAGGCUCCCUGUCCCCCGAGCAAUCUAGCAGUCCGCUCUACUACCAGGACGACUGCGUGAUGCCCCUGGGCACUAUCCUCUGGGUGCUGGCGCUGCAGUGCAUAGGCUACUGCCUGCUCGCCCUCUACUUUGACAACGUGCUCCCAGACUGCAACGGGGUCAGGCGGGCGCCCUGGUACUUCCUGCAGCCCAGUUACUGGGUGGCACCUUACAAACCCAGUCUGGAAAGGGCGCAGCGGGCCUACGAGGCAUCCACGCAGGAGUCCACCGGCCUGGUGGUGGAUGCUGAUGUGGCAGAAGAGAUGGAAAGGAUGAAGACGCGGUGCCUCACCUACACUGGGAAGCUGAGCGGCACCCACCACCCUGGGGCGGCAGGCGUCGACACGGCGGCUGCCACUCCACAGCCUGCCUAUGCGAUGGAGAUGUACGGGCUGAGGAAGGAGUACGGGAGGGGCCUGUUCCGGCGGAAACCUUUUGUAGCCGUGCGCAGCAGUUGGCUGGGAGUCCUGGAAGGGGACGCCCUCGUGUACGGUACCAGCAUCGCAUCAAGCGGCGGCAUGGCUCGCACCCGGCCCAUCAUGGGCGUCUGUCCACAGUUUGAUGUGCUCUGGGACGAGCUGACUGGGCUGGAGCACCUGCAUGUGUUUGCAGCCAUCAAAGGUAUUCCUGCGGCAACCAGGGCCGCAGAGGCAGCGAAGCUGCUGGAGGAGGUUAAGCUCACCGAGGCUGGGAGCGUCAGGGCAGGGGCCUACUCUGGAGGAAUGCGGCGCCGCCUCUCUGUUGCCAUGGCCCUCCUUGGAGACCCCAAGCUUGUGUUCUUGGACGAGCCGACGACGGGGCUGGACCCCAUCUCCCGUCGCCACCUGUGGGACCUCAUUGACUCCUGCAAGCGGCAGCGAGCCAUCGUGCUCACCACCCACUCCAUGGAGGAGGCCGACAUCCUGGGGGACAGGCAAGAGAUCGGGAUUAUGGCUCGGGGGAGGCUGCGGUGCAUAGGCACCAGCCUGCGGCUGAAGAUGAGGUUUGGGUCUGGGUACAGGAUCAGCAUUCGGGUGCAGGGGGGUACCAGCAGCUCUGGCAGCAGCUCCCAGACUGAGGAGGGGGCGCUGGAUGGGGACUUCCUCAUCCCCGCCACCCCCACCACCGAGGCCGCCGCCGACUCGGCCCCGCGGUGCAAGGAGCAGCAGCUCCGAUCUGGGUCCGGGGAGGAGCAGCGCAGCACCCUGGGCAGGCUGCAGGCGGCCCGCAUCAAGGCCGUCUUUGCGGAUCGCCUGGGCGUGACGGCAGCGGAUGAGUCGCUGGACUAUGUGCACUUCAUGUGCCCGUAUGAGAACGAGGACAAGCUGCCAUCCCUCUUCCACCACCUGAAGGUCAACAAGCUGGAGCUGGGUGUGGCAGACCUGCAGCUGCGGCUGACCCCCCUGGAGGAUGUCUUCCUGACCAUCACCCGGAAGGCCGAGCUGGAGCACGCACAGGCUGAGGGCAGGUUUGAGAUGCUGACGCUGACGGACGAGGGCAUGACCAUCAAGGUGCCCAUUGGCGCCGACUUCAUCCAGUCCCCCUCGGGCACACUGUACCACAUCCGGUGGUCACAGGACGGCGAGGGCCAGCUGCACAUCCUCGAGUACUGGGCGGACCCAGUCUCCAAGCUCCUGGCCGCCGUGUCGGGGCCCCUGCCGCUGUCCUUCCCCGCCACUGCCGCCGCGCCGGCCUGA